AUGACUGAUCGAAGUACUUUUGACGAGUCGAUGCAUGUUUCCACUGAAAUAUCCAAGCGCGAGAUCUUCAACAUUAUCCUUGGCACUGAAUCCAAAGACCGAGGCAACGCUGCCGUUCGCUACCACACUGUCGAUCAUGUACCACCAAAGGCGUUUGAGAAGAUCGCGCUCGCUUUAAUGGAAGGCAACGCGGACGAGAAGACCCUUAAUCUGUACAAGGUCAUUGUGCACUUUCAAGGCGCUGUUGUACUAUACGCAAAUCAGCUACAAGGCCCCAAAAGUGCAGCCGUCCAAACGCACAUCCAGCAAAUGGAGUUCAAUCAUCUGACAGCAGCGCUUACUGCUCUGGACCGCAUUAGUUUCCUAACCGCGCCAUCCCUACUACUUGCUCAGGCCUUGAUCACUGGGGCCAUCAUGAUGCAAAUUAUGGGUAACCCAGUGAGUUGUUGGGAACUCACGGCACAUGCAUCGCGCACUAUUGUAGCUCUGGGAUAUCACCAUAUUGAUAAGCCAAUGCCUGAAAAUGACUCCGAAAGCGAGAUCUAUGCACUUGUCGGCCAAUGCGCAUUUCUUGACAGUAUCAUGAGCCUUUUGCUGCUGCGACCAAGAUCUCUUCCUCAACUUCCGGUCAAAGCCUCGUACUUGUUACGAGCCGAUCCAGCCAGCCCUAUGAGCAUUCUAGAAAUGCUUCCCGUACUCGACAAGAUCCUGGAUCUGACAUUGGACACGAAGCCAUCGCCUACUAUACUCAACGAUGAGGUUGCGCAACUACGGACAAAGAUGAAGGACAUCUACGAGCUCAUGGAGAAGGAACGGCAACUGCAUCUCUUGGAUAGCAGAACGGAUGCUCUCAUACACUGGAAAAGCAUGGAGUUCAGAUACUUUUCUACCCUGACGUCGGUCCACCGCCUCAGUCCCACCGUCACGACAAAUCCCUUGGAACGAGAAGAAUGCCUACAAAGCGCUCGGAAAGCACUCGAGUGUGCAAAGGACAUAGAGGAGCUCGGAAGAUCUUUGGAUCACUUCAUCGAAGGCUAUGAUCCUUACCUCGCCUGGAGUAUGCUUUCUUAUCCGCUCUGCCCCUUCUUCGUCGUCUUUUGCAACGUCGUCGGCACAUCCAGCGCGCAAGAUUUCCAGCUCCUCCAAGAUGUCACCGAUGGUCUUUCUGCACUCGUUACAGAGAACAAGCCCCUGGUGCAGGGUUCUGGUACCCAUGGACAGACACCGCACCCGAGCGGAGACUCGACUGGACCGUUGGCGACCUAUCCCAUGUCGGCAGCUUUCGGGAACGGUUCUGGCAUCUUGAACAAUAGCGGGAGUGACAACACUGCUGGUAUCAUGCCAUCUUCGUGGAAUGACGAUAUGAUGUGGCAGCUGUUUCAGUCGCAACCUUCUCUGGAUUGGUUCAACGCUGAUAUACUGGAUCCUUCUUGGGGUCUUGGACAAACACAGUAA